AACGUUGUUAGUCAAAAUGGCGGAGAGUGGUCAGAAACCAGAAAAGACGUAUGGAAAAGUCGCAAUUACUCUUGACAACUGUAUAUUGCCGAUCGAUAAGUUGUCACCAACCCCUUCUAUGAUCGAUGGACUCGACAUGGAGACAGAAAUUGAUCUCAGAAUCUUGGGAUGUGAGCUAAUUCAGACUGCUGGAAUUUUGCUGAAGUUACCUCAGGUCGCAAUGGCUACAGCCCAGGUCAUCCUACAAAGAUUUUAUUAUUCAAAAUCCUUUGUGAAGCACAGCAUGGAGACUCUAGCUAUGGCAUGCAUCAACUUGGCUUCCAAAAUUGAGGAAGCUCCAAGAAGAAUAAGAGAUGUCAUAAACGUAUUUCAUCAUGUGCGACAGAAGCGACAUAACAGGCCUGUCGUGCCAUUGGUGCUGGACCAGAACUAUAUUAAUCUGAAGAAUAACGUAAUCAAAGCUGAAAGGAGAGUUUUAAAAGAACUUGGAUUCUGUGUCCAUGUCAAGCACCCGCAUAAGAUGAUUGUUACAUAUCUGCAGAUUUUAGAAUGUGAGAAGCAUUUAAAACUAGUGCAGACAGCAUGGAAUUACAUGAAUGAUAGCUUGAGGACUGAUGUAUUUGUGCGUUACCCUCCAGAAACCAUUGCUUGUGCUUGUAUAUAUCUAACUGCCAGACAGUUGCAGAUUUCACUGCCAACUCGUCCUCCUUGGUAUUCUUUACUGGGUGCUAGCGAAGAAGAACUGAAAGAAAUAUCUUUGAUUAUACUACAAGUUUAUUCUCGACCCAGAAAAGCCUAUGAGGACCUAGAUAAGCAUGUUGAAAAGUGUAGAGUUACCAUCCAGGAAGCUAAAAUGAGAGCAAAAGAACAAGCAGCAGGUGGGAGAUCAACAGUUGUAACUCCCAAUGCAGGCUUCUCUCCUUCUUCCAGGCAAAGCUCUCCAAGAUCUGGUGCUGUUUCCCCUCAUAGUAGGUUAAAGAAAAAAUUGAAAGAAGAUGGUGCGGGAAGUUCUGCUGGAAGUAUCGGCAGUAGAGAGAGAAAUGGUCAUCACCGUAAUGAUAGAAGUCGUUCACGAAGUCCCCGUAGUAGAUCACAUACACCGCUAAGAAAUUCACACAUUCAUAGUAGAUCACCUUCACAUCAUAGCUCUAGUCAUAGUAAUUAUAGUCGUAGUCCGACCCAUAGUCAUAGCCCACAUGAACACAGAAGUAGGUAUGAUUCACCACAUAAACAUAGAAGACAUGAUCACAGAUCACGAGAUAGAGACCAUAAUAACAGGAGCAAACAUUCCAGUUCUCAUUCACGAAAAAGGAAAAGGAGCAGAUCUCACAGUCGUAGUCGCAGUCGCUCAAAAAGUCGAACACCUCGUGCCUAUAAACAUAGACGUUCCCCACACCGAGAGAGGAGAACCAGACGUGGGUAUUCUAGAUCACGGUCGAAAGAACGGUCGCAUAAAUCAUCGAAAAGAGAACGUGUACGAGAAGAUGGUCAUAAAUCAAGAGAUAGACAUCGGAGGUAACGCUUUGUAAAUGUUGGGCAGGGGGCAUUAUUUUUUGAAUUUUCUUUACAAGCAAGUAUGUUGUAAUAUGUAUAUUUCUAGGUUUCAAAAACACUGACCAAACCACAUCAGAAUAGGCACAAAAAUAUCCUGUUUGUUUCAGGAAAGCAUGAUGUAUCACAAUGCUAAAAUAUUACAAGCCUUUCGAAUGCUGAAUAUUUUCAAAAUUUGAACAAAUCGAUGGGAUAAAAUUGAAACCAAUGUAAAUAUAUAUGUUUGUAGAUUUCAAUUUUGUCAUUGAUGUACUUGUUUUGCACUAAGUUUUGUGUCCCAUAUCUAUGCUUUCUCAAAAUCUUGGACCUGGGAUGUGUUGAAGCUUCUUAUUUUUAUGUGGUAAGCAGCUACUACCUAACAAUACCAGUAUUUACAAGUGAUCUUUUGCAUUCAGAAUCCUACUGAAAGACAAUUUAUAUUUAACCCAUUUAGAUUUUGAGUUUACCUGUUAUUAUUUACACUUCCGAACUAGUUAGCUUUAAAUGUAUUUAAUAAAUCCACUUUAGUUUGAACUUGUCUGGGGGAAAAAGGGGGAAACCUGCUAAAUCUUUUUAACUGCAUUUUGGCAAUAAUAACAAUGUUAGGCACUGACCACUUCCCUCAGUUGCUAAUAGCAACCUGCAAUGAUAUUUAGUUGUAAUUGUCACUUCAGUCACCAAUGACUAAGACAUUUCACAUACUGAAAUGGUCAGCCAUUCAAAACAUGUCAUUGCUCGCUAAAAACCAUCAGAAAAACAUUGCCUAAAGUUGCAUUCUAACUUUGUAUGUAUGACGUGUAGAAAACAUUACUGACCCCUAUAAGCACCAGAGCAUUUGGUUCAGCAUGAGAAACCUUAUUGAACUGAAAUUAAAUUUAGAAGCGUCUCCCAAGAUGUAUGCAAAAUUGCAAAUGUUUGAUUUGAUGUUAGACACCAUGACCUUAUUUCUGUCAAAUACUAAGCUACUUUAAAAUUUGUUGUCAGACAUACUAGUUUUAUCAUCUAUUGUAGUGAUCACAAUAAUCUGUUAGGUGUUCUGCAUAUGUGUGAAUGCAACUUUAAUAUCUAGAUUAUACAAGUCAUAUUUCAAUCAUGCUAUGUGAAUCUGUAAUUCUUCCUAUUUGCAAUGUUGCUAUGGUAAUUGGCCAAAACAACAGUCUAGUGUUUGCCACCAUGACUGAAAACUAUUUUAUUAUCUGGUGGAAGCCUAGUUGAUGUACAUAAUGACGCUAAUUUAUUGGUACGUGGCGAACUCCUAACUCUGGCGGCGCCCUCAUUUCCGUUCUACUCAUUCUGGCUUUCACCACUGCCACACCAGACUUGCAUAUGUUCUGUAAUUUGCAUAAAAAAUGUGGUGAUAUAUGCGUACAACUUUUAUGACUUUUCAUGAAAUAAAUAUGGCGAUGUUCAUAAAUAUGAAAUCAUACACCAGAAAGUGUCUUUAGGUGUAGACAUGUCACUUUUGUACAAGACCUGUUUUUUUCCCAAAGUUUACAUAUGGGAUGUUUCAACACUACCGUAAUCUCUCCAAAUUGCAAGAUUCAGAUGAAGGGGAAACUGUUUAUAAUAGUGAAUAUUUAAAUGAUUUCAAAUUAGUGUACAAGAAUUUAAACGCCUUUGAUUACGUUCUAUUCUUUAUAUGCAAAUACGGUGUGGCAGCGGUGAAAACCCAAACGAGUAGAACGGAAGUAAGAAUGUCACCAAUGUUUGGAUUGUAGAUACAAGGGUUCAGACAUGUUAAUAUCAUUGAAAAGAUACAAACUGUAUUUUGAUUUAGAAGACUUGGUUAUGCCUUCACUUUAUGUAACAUUGAUAGAUUUUCAAGUGAUCAACAAAUCUGGCUGUGGAGAUUCCAUUUUUCUCAGCUACGUCAAAUGAGAUAAGUCAAUUUUACUCGCUUUGUGUAUCCUACCUCCAGUAAGUAAUAUUUAUCUACAUAGCUGUUUGUAAAUACUCUACUCUUGUUUUGUUAAAACCUCUACUUGUUUUGUGGUUAUUUUAAUAUAACCAACUUUUCUAAUUUAGUAUUUUUGGUUUCAAUCUUACUUUCUGACCCAGUGUCCAGGUGUAUAGUGACUUUAAAACAUUUAUACUGUUAAAAUACUUAUUUUGAUGCUUUUGAAAAAUAAAAGUAAAAAAAU